AUUGACAAUAUUGAAGUUAAGUUGUUUUACUCACUAUCCAAGACUGUUCCACUCCCAUCUUCUCAAGACAAUGAUAACAAUGAACAGACGUCCAUGUCUCUCAACUACGCUGCUUCUAUGGUUUCCCAGCCAAGUUCUGUUAUGGCUAAAAGCAACUUAUUCACAUCCAACUUAAAGGAGCACAGCUUUUCCUUGCAAGAUGAAUCAGGUAGCUAUGCUAAAUCUGAAAAUAAAUAUGCCGUUUCUCCCCCAACUUUACAUAAACAGCGAAGAAAGCUUAGUCGACAGAGAUCCUCUGAGGUGCCUGUUCUCUGUAUUGCUUGUGGGAUGACAACGGAGUUAGAUUCAAAGAGAUAUAAUUAUACUGAGAUACAGCUUGCAACAAACGAUUUUUCAUCUGAUUAUUUACUGGGAGAAGGUGGGUAUGGUCGUGUUUAUAAAGGUCGGCUUAAGGAUGGGCAACUUAUUGCUGCAAAGGUGCGUAAGGAAGCAAGUACACAAGGGUUUACAGAAUUCCAUUCUGAAGUAUAUGUCCUAAGCUUUGCACGUCACAAGAACAUUGUGAUGCUUCUUGGUUAUUGUUGCAAGGAAAACCUUAACAUCUUGGUCUAUGAGUAUAUCUGCAACAAAUCACUUGAAUGGCAUUUAUUCGAAAACACAGAGCGUGUUCUUGAAUGGCACCGAAGACAUGCUAUUGCUGUUGGAACUGCAAAAGGGUUGCGGUUUUUGCAUGAAGAAUGUAGAGGAAGUCCCAUCAUUCAUCGGGACAUGCGGCCAAGUAAUAUAUUGCUCACACACGAAUAUGUUCCUAUGCUAGGAGACUUUGGCCUCGCAAAGUGGAAGACAGGUGAAGAGGAUAUACAGACAAGAAUUCUUGGCACUCUGGGAUAUCUCGCACCAGAGUACGCGGAGAAUGGCAUUGUUUCUGUAAGAACGGAUGUUUAUUCCUUUGGCAUUGUUCUAAUCCAAUUGAUAUCGGGACGUAAGGCAGUGGAUUCAGCGAGAGAAGACCAACAGUCCCUUAGGCAGUGGGCAUUACAUUUGAUUCAGACGCUUGCAUUGCACGAGCUAGUUGAUCCCCGUCUUGAGGACUCAUAUAACACGUAUGAACUGUACCACAUGGCUAGAACAGCAUACCUAUGUGUCCAAACUGAACCCGAGAUGCGCCCAUCAAUGGCAGAGGUGUUGCGCCUUCUUGAAGGGGAAAGCGAUGAUUUCCACCACUUGACGGAGCAAUUUAUUCCACAUUACAGCAAAUGACAUCCGCAUCGCGCCACAUAUGUAAACACAUCUUCAUACACGACAUCAGUGCCGUGCCACUGGUAUAACACAUUUUCAUACUUGUGUAUACGUUGUGAAAAUCUAUGCAGGCUUAAACACAAAACCAUGGUGUUGCCUAUGGCUUUUUUUGGUGCAUAUCAUAUUACUAUGAUCUGUACGACUGUACCUGUACCUGUGCCAUUUAAACAGACAUUUUCUUUUAG